AUGUUGGUCAUCCCAACAAUACUCUCCUGCCUCUCCCUGGCCCAGGCGGCCAACAUCUUCGUUUCCCCCAAGGGCGUAGCGACCCCAGAUGGCUCCCAAGCCAAGCCCUUCUCCGACAUCCAAGCCGCCGUCAACAUCUCCCAGCCGGGCGAUGUCAUCAUCCUCCGCGGCGGCACCUAUGACCUCCUGAAGAACAUCAACAUCACCGUCAACGGCACCGCCGCCGCUCCCAUUACCCUGCACGCCGCCAAGGACGAGGAGGUCAUCAUCGACGGCGAGGGUCUGCCGGAUACCCCCGCGCCCGUCGGCGCUUCCGUGCCGGGCCGGAACCGUGGUGUGCUCCACGUUGAGCGCGUUCAGUACUGGAACUUUGCGCGUCUUACCUUUACGCACGGCGCGUACGGUGUGUACGUGAAGGAUUCGAGCAACUUGCGUUUUAACCAGAUCGUUACUCGCGAGAACUACGAAAGCGGUUUCCACAUGCAGGGUGCCCUGUCUAACAACGUAAUCUCGUACCUGGAUUCGUAUGGUAACCGUGACCCGAGAAACAACGGCGAGAACGCCGAUGGUCUUGCUAUCAAGGAGGGCAAGGGCGAGGGCAACAUUGUCGUUGGCAGCAGAUUCUGGGACAACUCUGACGAUGGUGUCGACUUCUGGGAGUUCCACUCCAAGUUGACCAUCAAGGACAGCAUCGCGUGGGGCAACGGCUUCAACCGCUGGGACAUCCCCGACUUCACCGGCAACGGCAACGGCUUCAAGCUAGGCGGCGGCAGCGCAGGCGACAUCCUCCCCGCCGCCCGCGACGUCAUCAACUGCAUCGCCUUCGGCAACAAGGCCAACGGCUUCACCGACAACUCCCAGACGGGCGCCUUCGCCAUCGAGGACAACACCUCGUGGAUGAACGGCAAGACGGGCUUCCGCAGCGUCAACGCCACGGGCGUCCUCAAGCGCAACGUCGCCGCCCUCAACAACCCCGAGGCCCUCGCCAACGCCACCUACUUUGGCCAGGCGACGCUGCGGGAGCGCCAGACGUCCAUCGGCAACUCGUGGGAUGUUUUGGGCGCGGCUGCGCUGACGAACGCGAGCUUCAAGAGCGUCGAUAUCAGCCUCGUUUCUGGCGCGCGCGGCAAGAAUGGAAAGAUUGUGCCGAGCGACUUUUUGGUGCUUGCUGAUGGGUCCAAGAUGGGUGCUACCACCAACUGGAAAUAA